UGCUACAUUAAAAUAAUCUAUAACGCUAUGCCAUAAUUUGGGGAAAAAAGAUUUCCCAAAUUUUUAUGACAGAGUGGUUUAAUUUGCAUGCAGAGGAAAUCAAAAUCACUUGUAAACUGGAAUGUUCUAACAAUCUCACUUCUAGCUCUGAAACUUGCCUAACAGUGAGUUACGCUUCUGUAAUAUCCCAGUGAAAUUGGGAACAUUUCAAAUAGAGAAAUGUGAAGUAAGAAAUGAAAAAAUAGUUUCAUAUUAUUUGUGAAACGAAUUUAGACCGCGGAAUCUAAUCUUGUUGCUUUCAACCCUAAAUUUAGAGCAGACAUAUUAUGUUCAAUAACACGCGGAAUUCCGCCUUCUCCGAUAAUGUAAAAACUCCUGGUGUAUAAGUUAGCGGUUUUCUACGUCUUCAUUAGCCUGCUCGCACCACUCUGAUAAUUGCAGUAAUACCGAUGUAAACCACUGUUCACACAAUGGCCAAUCUAAUUAUUUUUCUUGCUGCUACACUUUACCUGGCUGUUUACGGCUACUUCACGUACUUGUGAUAAUGAAUGAAAGCUGUCCUCGCCAGAGCUGUUAGAAAGGUUGUGUUGUUGGCACUUUCCCUUUCUUUGAACUUCGGCUCUCAGCUGUGAACACGAACUGCUAGAGAUGUCGCCCUCCGAUAUAAAGGCGGCCCUUCUCGAUCCUUUUUCCUUGAACCGCUACAAAACCUCGACUUAACGGGUGUGGAGGGAGAAAGUGCGCUCUCGGCAUGGAGAACCUGCCCGAAGAUGCGCUUGAUCUGGAUACUGAUCUGGACCACUUUACCUCCAAGAUACUCGUUGACUGGAACUGGUCGACAGAAGGGACCGGCCAGGGGCCGUCUCCGCACAGUAUGUCCCCGGAAUCUUCGUUCGACUCCAUGUGCUCUUCGCCAGAGACGGCACACGGCGUUGUGGGAUACCGGACUCCGGCCACUUUUCCGUAUCACCUGCCUCUGCACGGCUCCGCGGCCUCGUCCAGCUCACAAGGAAGGAAGCCUGCCAAACCCAAAAUGACAACCAAACGGAGGAUGAAGGCCAGCGAAAGAGAAAAGAUGCGCAUGAGGAGCCUGGCUGAUGCCCUCCACCAGCUGCGAGAUUAUUUACCUCCGGAUUACAGCCAGAGGGGACAGCCCCUCACCAAAAUUCAAACCUUGAAAUACACCAUUCAAUAUAUUAACGAACUUUCCGACCUGCUGCGAAAACCCCAAGAGCUUCAGUGAAAUAAGGAACUGUUAUCCAAUGGAAACGUUUACUCAGAGCGGACUGCACAAAAGCAAAUACUAUUCAAAAAAUCAUGAUGAAUACAGAUGCUUGCUGUUUUGGGAUGAACUUUUUUUUCCUGAAGUUCUUUGUAAAAUAGCGUGUUUUUCCUUUCUUCAAUGAUGAGAUUUAAUUGGCUUGAUUUAGCUGCUUCUCGUGUCUUGAGGGUUAAUUCUGUAUUGCUUUGUAUGUUUGUGGUUGCAUGAUUGGUUGCGCCUGUGUUACAUUUUUUGUAUAUUUUGCUUUAUUGUUAUACUAA